GAGGAUGACGAGGCUGAAGACGAAGACGAAGAGGAGCCAGACGAGGAAGAGAUCCGCGAAAAGAAGAAGAAAGCACGCAAAGUCAAGGCUACCGCACCUAAAAAGCCCGCGCAGAAGAAACCCAGGGUCAAUGGUGCUACACUGCCAAUUCGGAAUGCGCCAGGCGCGGCGAAGAAGCGAGCACCAAAGAAGCUGCGGGCGCUGAAUGCGGCAGACGCAGAAGCAGUCGGCGGACUGUUUGCGGAAGUCUAUGGUGGCGGUGCUGCGCUCCAGGAUGUGGCAGGCAAGUGGUUGAAACGGUUCGAGGCCCAUGAAUCAAGUGCGCUCGCAGAAGUCGUAAACCUGGUUUUACGAUGCGCCGGCUGCGAAGCUGAGGUUACCGACGAUGACAUAGGCGAUCCGGAUGGCGUGACCAACCGCCUGGAAGAUCUGCGUGAUGAGUACCAGAGAACCAAUCCCACAGAUUACCCGCUAAUCGCGAAAGGCAAGGCCGGAACGACUUACAGGCAAGGCCUUGUUGGCUUCUUCGACGCCAUGAUUAAGACUAUCGCUGUGAAAGGCACGCUUUACGACAAUGAUGUAUUGUUGCAGAACAUUCAGAUAUGGGUCUCUACGAUGUCUUCCGCGCCAAACAGAUCGUUCAGACAUACAGCUACGGUUGCAUCCCUAGCUAUCGUCACGGCUCUCUGCGAUGUUGCGCGCGAAAAUGCAGAAGCUGCAGCAAACAGCCAACGCCAGGCAGAGACGGAACGCAAGAAGCCCAGAUCUAACAAACAGCGCGCUAAGGACUUCGACGAAACCGUGAAGAUCAAAACGAGGGCCUUGGAGAGUGUUGAGCUCUUGCUCAAGGACUGGUUCGAUGUGGUUUUCAUUCAUCGUUAUCGCGACAUCGACCCUAACAUCCGCCGAGACUGCGUCGCCGCUCUUGGUGACUGGAUCGCCAUUCUGCCUGAUGUCUUCUUCGAUGGCCAGCAUCUACGUUAUCUGGGCUGGGUCCUCAGUGACCCUGCUGCAGCUACCAGGAGCGAGGUGAUAAAGCAGCUAAGCCGCUUUUACAAGAACAAGGAUAUGAGUGGUGGAUUAAAGACAUUCACCGAGAAAUUCAGGAGCCGACUGGUUGAGAUCGCGACCACUGAUGCAGAGAUCGCCGUUCGCGUUGCAGCCAUUGAACUGGUAGAUGUGCUUCGUGAGCACGGCAUGCUCGAGCCCGAUGACAUCGACGCUAUAGGCGGCAUGAUAUACGAUACCGAACCUCGUGUGCGUAAAGCUGUCGCCGCCUUCUUCGCCGCUAUCGUGCUUGACCUCCAUGAAUCGAAGCUUGCAGACCUCGGCGGGCGCUCUGAGCUGGAGGAAGCAUUACCGGAAACGGCCAAUGAACACUAUGAAGUGCCCCGGCUUGAGUGGUUGGAACUGAAGUCUCUGGCGGAGAUGCUGCGGACUUACGCCACGGUGGGCGAGCUGCCGAGCCAGAUAGAGCGCAGUAAAGGCAGUGGUGUGUCAGUGCUGGACUUAAGCAGUGGCGAGUCACGCUUCACACUUGCCGCGGAUGCACUCUACGACAAGCUCGAAACUAGUCAAGCAUGGCAAAUGCUAGCGGGCUACCUGCUGUUCGACCAUUCCAGCGGUCGCGGGAACGGCGUUGCGAACGAUUCCUUGUCGCACCUUAAGAAUGAGUGUGUGCUGACUGAGGGAGAAGAGACCAUUCUCCUCGCGGUGCUGAAUGCAAGCGUCAGGCAUACCCUGAGCGACAUCGCAGAAAAGAUCCAAGCGCCAAAGCACAAGCCAUCGGCGAGGGAGAAGGCAGAGCUGCAGGAAGAGCUGGAAGAGGCUGCUCGGCACCUUGCUGCUACCCUACCCAAGCUGUUGAAGAAGUUUGGUGACGCACCAAGCACAGCUGCUGCGGUGCUGAGGAUAGAGUCUGUGCUGAGCAUGCCAAUCUUACACGACCUCCAGCAAGACUCGGCCACUUAUACCACGCUGCUGGACGACGUGAGAAAGCAGUUCAUGUCGCACGGCACAGAUGAGGUCCUUGCGCCGGCCAGCAAUGCUAUAUUGCACGCCAAGUCCUACGGAGAGCUUAACGACAUUGCCGAGGAGAAAAUCACCGGGCUUUGGGAUGAUGUGAUCAAUAACUUGACGCAACUGCUGAAUCCAGCCACACUCACUGUGCGUGGCGCGUCGCAGUCUGAAGAACUGACAGCCCUGAGCAACAACCUCCUUCGCAUCAUCCAUCUUGCACGGGUCUCCGACUGCUCUCCCUAUCUAGAGGAUACCACCUUUGCUGCACCCGGUGGGAACAGCGAUGAAGCUUACCAAGGUGCCAUUGACUACAUCAUUGCACUGAUCCAGCGCGGCGUACUUGUCAGCGGCCUAGCACCGGAUGCUGAAGAAGCUGCUCUCGAGGACCAGAUCGCGCUGCGGGCUGCAGAGGCUGCGCUCUUCUAUCUGCGAUGGAAGCUCAACACGAUCAAAUCGACUGUCACUAAAAGCUCAAGCGUAGGCAUCUCUCUUGAUGAUCUCGAAGUUCUUGCUACCCGUCGUGACAGCCUGGUUGCGAACCUCGAGUCUGUCUUGAACGCUCGAAAGCCUGUAGAGGGCGUAAGUACUGCAAUGGCUGGCUGUCUGCUCGACCUGUACGCGUCGGCAGCUAUUCUUCGAGAUAUCAAGCCCAAGCCUGGCAUGAGCGACGAUUAUAUUGUGCUAGUGAUGGACCUCACACCGGAGCUGGAGAAGGCUGUCAUGCAUGUGUUCGCUGCGUGUGAGAAGAACUACGCUAAGCUCAGCGGCAAGCGAAUUGAUGAGACUGCAGCAGAUGGCGCGGAGACAGCUUCUGUGGACGGAGAUCCGAUGUCAGACCCAGAGUCUGACGACGAAGAAGACGAUCAAGAUGCACAAUCACAACAACGCCGUGAAGCGAAGCAAAUCGCCACGCUCACGGCCGAGCACAAACUUUGCGAGCUGACCGGAAAGAUCAUUCACACACUGGCCGCCGGCGUGAUGACUGAUGGUGCCGUUCGCAAGCGUUUAGAGCGCAACAAGGACACGCUUGGACAUAACUACAAAGCUGUCGUGGCGUACCUUGACAUGGAUAGUAUGCACGAGAAGCACGCGAAGCGCGGCAGGCCGAAGGGCAAGGGCAAAGGCAAGGCUCAGACCAAUGGUGCUGCGCGGUCGAAGAAGGUCGCUCCGAAAAGCAAUGCUAUUAUUGCUGAGGAUGAGAUGGAGGAAGAUAUGGACGAUGAUGCCGAUGAUGAGGAGGCACUCCGGCGGCGAGAGCUUGCUGAGCCGGAGCCGGAGCCGGAGGAGGAGGACCAAGCUGUUGACGGUGCAAGUCAAGACGCGGAAAGUGUAUUGGGUGAUUGA